CGGCUUUGCUCGUGGACAGUUAAUAGACCGGUUACGAAGGUUAAACCGAAUAUGAAAUAGUAAGCUAAAAAAGUGUAGUCAGUUUUUAUAACUUCAGUUACAGGCAUGUGUAUUGUACACGAGGUGGUGUUGUGUUCCUUAAAUUCUCUUACAAUAACGUGAUUCAAAUUUAUCGUUUUAAAUUAUUAUUUUUAUAUUAAAUUUGUGGCCCUUAUUAGAUGAUAUAACUUUCCGCAGUGCACGAGUAUAUGUGAGUAAAUACCUAUAGAAUAUAUUAUAAUGUACCUAUCUUCAUAAAAUACCUAUUUACUCGAGUGUUUCCAAUGGCUUCUUAUGUAACACAAAUCACUGCCUGAAUUUUCUAUAAGGUUAAAUAUUCAUGAUGAUUGAAACGAAUCAGACAUCGUACCAGUACCAAGUAUUACUCCCUUUCGAAGAAUCGUACUCACAUUCGGCGGCCAAAAAAUGGAUGGAAGAAAACUGGCAUACGAGUUUUUACUACAGUAUCGCUUAUGUGAUGAUUAUAUUUUCGAUAAAAUAUUUAAUGACGAAUAGUAAACCGUAUUCGCUAUCAAAAUUAUUGCUGAUUUGGAAUACUGCUUUGGCAAUAUUCAGCAUCACCGCUUUUAUAAGAACAGUUCCAGAAUUCGUGUUUUCACUCAAUCAAGGGACCUACUAUGCAGUGUGUUCAUCCGAUUUUUUGACGGAAAACAAAGUUUCAAGCUUAUGGACGUUUUUGUUCGUUUUAUCAAAACUACCCGAAUUCGGUGACACCAUUUUCAUCGUACUGAGAAAACAACCGCUCAUUUUCCUGCACUGGUAUCAUCAUAUUCUGACAUUAAUUUAUUCUUGGUAUUCGUUUAAAGAAUUUACAUCAUCGGCUCGGGCAUUUGUCGUAAUGAAUACUUUCAUCCAUUCCAUGAUGUAUUCUUAUUACGCUUUCAAAGCGAUGAAAAUUCGUAUUCCUAGAUUUAUUUCUGUAAUUAUAACAUUUUUGCAAAUAUGUCAAAUGGCUGUCGGAUGCUAUGUUAAUUAUAAGGUUUUCGAAUACAUAUUUUCAAAGGAUUUGCCAUGCGGAACUUCUCAAACUAACGUAAUCGUAUCUUCAGUCAUGUAUUUUAGUUAUUUCUAUUUAUUCGCUAGAUUUUUCUAUCUUUCUUACUUAGGUAAAAAACAAAAAAGUAAGAGAACGUAAAAAAAAAAUGUAUAAUAUUUAAUUCGUAUUUGAAUAUUAGCGUAAUAGUAAGGUGGUUCAAUAAGUAACAUUCUUCGUAUAUGUUUAAAACUUUAAAAUUACAAGUUGAUCGAUCAAGCAUGGUGACUUCUCAACGUUGAGAUUGAGUGUAAAUACCUAUUUCUAUUUGGACUGCCAAAUCGUUACUUAUUCUACAGCUUUUUUGAUUGUCUUGUGAUAUUUUUUCAUGAUAAAUGUUUCAUUGAGUGCAAGUGUUCAAAAAAAAAAAAAAAAAAAUUGAAAAAUGAUCACAAAACAACCUCUUAAACUAGAACGAAGAACGGUUCGUCAAUUAAAACUUUAAAAGUCAAGAGAUCACCCAGCUUGAUCGGUCUUCCCUUUCGAACUCUACUACUCCUUGAAACCAUCUUAUUAUUUGAUCUCAAGAGGUAGGUACCUAUUCGUUGAACGAUUACCUAUAUUAUUUAUGUAUUUAUUUAUUGCGUUAUUUGCGUUCGUUUGUCCGUUCGGAUCAUUUUAUUUUCGUGCAAUGGUGAUAAUUUUUAAUUUUUAUUGAUAAUAUGUGAAGAAUGCCAAUAUGUUGAUUCAAUAUGUACGUGAAUUAAAAACACCUACGUAACGCUGUUAAAAAAUUUUGUACGAAGAAUUUUAAUAGAAUUAGAUAGGUAUUUACAAUAGGACCUUGCUGAAAGUGGUCCAUCACGUCUUGGAAUUGUAAUUCCGUGUUGGAUAAUCUUCUAUAGAAUGCAAACAAUAUUAAGAAGCUGAUUGAAAUAAAUUCAUCAUAUGUAGUACCUACAGUGAAGUAGCUAAUGUAAUAUAAUACUCGUAAAUAGGACUUUUUCUAAAUAAAGCAGUGAAACAGUAA